ACAGGGUGGUUUCAGGGAUGGCAAAUUCACUUUAGAAAUUGUAAAAUGCCUAGCAGUCUUCAGAACAAGAGAUUAGUUAGAAAAGGAAAGUGACAACUGUGUGUUUUCUCAGGGCCUGUCGGAAAGUCUCUGGUUUCUCUUCAUCCCUGAGGACUGGGGAGGAGGCCUUUUCAGGAAGAGCAGUUUACUUUUGUGAAAGGGAUACUUCCUGAUUUCAAACAUUUGGAACUAAACUGGAACCUAUUUUUCUUUCCUAUUGGUACGUUUUUGAGGUGUGUGUAAAGCCACCAGCGCAGCAGCUGGGAGGACCCCUCAAAGCGGGGCGGGUGGGGUGAGUGAAUCCCAGCGGGUACAGUCUUUGCCCAGAUUUGAGUCUCAUUUGGGUGAUGUUUCAGAGCCCUGGGUGGCAGAUGACCAUUUAUUCAACGGUCCUUCAUUCACUCAUCCAGCCACUCAGCACAUCUUUACUGAGCACGUGCCCUGUGCUGUGCUAGGCGCUGAAGGAUAGAAGUGAACGGGUCUCUCCUCAUGGAGCUUAGGUUCCAGCAAUAAGCAAAACAUGUCCUGCAGCGAAAGGCUUCUGGGCUUCUGGGCUGCCGGCGAGAUCUUCCCAACUUUCACUGCCGGGUUCCUUCCUGACGCCCGUCUCUAGGGACGCACUCCCGCGGGUGGCAGGGCUGGGGCCCGGCGGAGUCUCGCGAGGAUCUGGUGACUUCUCGCGGUAGCGCCCAGCGGUUGCCGGGAAACGGCGUGGCUUCCGGGGGGCGGGCGCGUUGGUCCGGGAGUCGCGGCUGGGCCUGUCCGCUGGCGUCAUGGCACCCAAAAAGAAAGGGAAGAAAGGCAAAGCCAAAGGCACCCUGAUUGUGGAUGGGCUUGCUCCAGAGGACAUGAGCAAGGAGCAGGUGGAGGAGCAUGUCAGCCGCAUCCGGGAGGAGCUGGACCGCGAGCGGGAGGAGCGAAACUACUUCCAGCUGGAGCGGGACAAGAUCCACACCUUCUGGGAGAUCACACGGAGGCAGCUGGAGGAGAAGAAGGCUGAGCUGCGGAACAAAGACCGGGAGAUGGAAGAAGCUGAGGAGAGGCACCAGGUGGAGAUCAAGGUGUACAAGCAGAAAGUGAAGCACCUGCUGUAUGAGCACCAGAACAACCUGACUGAGAUGAAGGCCGAGGGCACCGUAGUCAUGAAGCUGGCACAGAAGGAGCACCUCACACAGGAGGGUGUGCUGCGCAAGGACAUGCGGGCACUGAAGGUGGAGCUCAAGGAGCAGGAGCUGGCCAACGAGGUGGUGGUGAAGAACCUACGGCUGAAACACACUGAGGAGAUCACCAAGAUGCGGAAUGAUUUUGAGAGGCAAGUUCGAGAAAUUGAGGCCAAGUAUGAUAAGAAGAUGAAGAUGCUGAGGGACGAGCUCGACCUGCGGAGAAAGACUGAGCUCCACGAAGUGGAGGAGAGGAAGAACAGCCAGAUCAACACGCUGAUGCAGCGCCACGAGGAGGCCUUCACCGACAUUAAGAACUACUACAAUGACAUCACCCUCAACAACCUGGCCCUCAUCAACUCCCUCAAGGAGCAGAUGGAGGACAUGCGGAAGAAGGAGGACCACCUGGAGAGGGAGAUGGCAGAGGUGUCUGUGCAGAACAAGCGCCUGGCAGACCCUCUCCAGAAGGCUCGGGAGGAGAUGAGCGAGAUGCAGAAGCAGCUCGCCAACUACCAGAGGGACAAGCAGAUCCUGCUUUGCACAAAAGCCCGUUUGAAAGUCACGGAGAAAGAGCUGAAAGACCUGCAGUGGGAGCAUGAAGUGUUAGAGCAGCGGUUCACCAAGGUGCAGCAGGAGCGGGACGAGCUCUACCGGAAGUUCACUGCAGCCAUCCAGGAGGUGCAGCAGAAGACAGGCUUCAAGAACCUGGUGCUAGAGCGCAAGCUACAGGCUCUGAGCGCUGCUGUGGAGAAGAAGGAGGUGCAGUUCAACGAGGUCCUGGCUGCCUCUAACCUGGACCCCGCAGCCCUGACGCUGGUGUCCCGCAAGCUUGAGGAUGUUCUGGAAUCGAAGAACAGCACCAUCAAGGACCUGCAGUAUGAGCUGGCCCGGGUCUGUAAGGCCCAUAACGACCUGCUGCGCACGUACGAGGCAAAGCUGCUGGCCUUCGGGAUCCCUCUGGACAACGUGGGCUUCAAGCCCUUGGAAACAGCUGUGAUCGGGCAGACACUGGGCCAGGGCCCCGCGGGACUAGUGGGCACCCCCACGUAGCUGCCCCACUGGGGGGCCACAGCCCAGAGAGCCAGCCUAGGAACACUCUGGAUGACAACCCCUUUCACACCAAGGACAGCAAGAUUUUUAGAUUUUAUCAUCAGCAAAUGAAAGCUUUUCACGUGUUCUUGCCAUCCUCAUUCCUGGCUCUGUGGAGGAGAACCACCUGCAGGACCCUCCCCCGUGGUAUCCCUGUCGCUUUCUUCCCUGGGUGCAUGUCCAGGCUGUGUCCAGGCCUACUCCCCGGUCUCACCUCCGACCACAGUCAGCAGCACCUUCUCAGAGUGCCCCGCACUCACCUGGGGGCUGGGGCAGUGCUGCACUGUGCUGCCUGUCUUCAUGCCACUGUCGUCCCAUCAAGUGGACAGCUUUGCAGGUGCUGGCACUGACUUUAUUGACACCUGAGUCACAGCCGCCCAGUGGGAUUCUCCAGGGGGCCAGGACUUCCCCAGGAAUUGGUGACACCAGUGCUCCCCGCUGAGCACGAAGCCCACUCUGUUGAGGGCUGGGUGGGUGCAGCCAGCGUGCGGGAAAGGGCAGGCAGCCUCCUGCUGCCAGUCUUCGCUCUAGCUCCCUCGAUAGGUGGUGUAGGACCAGGGGCUCAGCAGCAGGGGCACGUGGAACUUCUGGGCAUUGCUGGUGAUGGUGAACACAACCUGCGACGGAGAGAGGGCCAGGAGAGAGCAUAAGGGGAUGGCAGCAAACCACCUGUCUGGCCCCAACACACCUGGGAGAAUUCAGCAGCCCAGACUGAGGGUCUGGGAGGGGGUGAACCCUCUGCACCAGAGGGACACUCCACAGAAGCUGCAGCCUAAUAAGUCAGGUGCUUCUGUGGCGGCUCUGGUGUGGGGUGAGGCAGUGAGGUUAGGCCCAGAGAGCUGGAGUUGGCUCAGAUGAAAACCUGUCAACAAAGAGGGGAUGAGUGGCCCAGCCUCCCCACAAAGCCUGACCCUGAGCAGGUCAGCGAUGGGUGUGUCCUCAUAGAGUCUAUUGCUGCCUGGGCACCUUUCUUUUGGGAGCUCAAAGCAAGUGAGCUCACCUACCUGCCCCCGCCCAGGACCAGUCUGCCCACUGUCUAAAUGAUGCCCGGCCAGCAGGACCUGGCCUGCAGAUCCCAGUGAGUCAUGGGCCUCAGGCCCUCCAGCCCACCGGGCCUCUCACCUCCACGUAUGGGUAGAAGCUUUCCUGCCCCCUCUUCCUCCAGUAGCCCUCGGUGUCGAAGGUGAGCUUGUAGGUGCCUGCCUUCAUCUGGUCCGGCAUCAGGAGUCCAGGGCAGCGGCCAUCUGGGUCUGUGUAGCUGGGGAGAGGAUGAGGCUGCAGAGAUGGGGUGAGAAGCCCCCAUCCCAGCUUUCCUGCAUCUGUACCCCAGCGGGCCUCAGACACUGCCCUGCCACCUGUCAGACUCAGGCGAGCAGACACAGUGGGGCUGUUAGGGCCUGCAGUUGCAGAGCAGUCCAGGGACACCACUGCCCUGUCUAGGAAAUCACAACACAGAGAAGCAAAAAGGGAAAAAGUCUCCCACAGUUUAUCCCGUGAGCAAUAACCACUUUAUAGCUGGCACGUAUUUUUCCAGAUUUUCUCUAUGCAUAAGUAUAUUUGUUUACAAACUUAACUCAAAGUGGAUUAUACUAUU